GCUUUAUUUCCAUUUUUCCGCUCGCAGAAGCCCGUAAAUGAUCCCUUGAGGCGAGGCACGGAGGCAGACGGCUGCGUCUGGUGAACGCCGUCGACAGUUCGCUUGUUCAGGCGGGCUUUUUGCCCACCGCAGUGCCGGAAAGCUGGCCGAGCUGCUCCUGCCUGGCUGCGGUUAGCCUGUCGGCUAGCGCUAGCGCGGCUAGCUAGUGUUUGUUUUGGCUCUUUCCGCCUCGUCUCCCUCCGACACUUCGGCGACUUUUAGUCCGGGCUUCUUACCCUUUACGCCUGAAAUGGUGGCUGAUGUCAGGACCCGGUGCUGAGGUAGUGCUCGGGGCAGGCUGCGGUGUUCGGCUCCCGGGCUGCUCGCUCCUUGUUUUAGCCGGACAGGACGCAGAGCCACAGUCCGGCUCCGGCUGAGAGGCGCUCAGAAGCGCCGAGGCAGCUGUGGGACCGGGUUUGGAGGACCAGCUGGACUGAGGGAGGACCAGCUGGACUGAGUGAGGACUCGGGCGGUAUCUGUGUUCAGCGUGUAACGUUAGUGAGGAAUCGGCCGCUGAAAGAUCUGGAGGUGAAGUUUAGGCUGAUGGUGUAGCUACACCAGGUGUUGGUGCUGCUGCUGAGUGUGUGUGAGUGUAUGAGUGAGAGAGAGAGAGCGAGAGAGAGAGCCGUACUCUACAGUGAUGGAGCAGUGUGCCUGUGUGGAGCGAGAGUUGGAGAAAGUGUUGCACAGGUUCGUGACGUAUGGGCACCAGUCUGAGGAGCGUCUGGACGAGCUCCUGCGGAACGUGUGUGAGCUUCGCAGCCAGCUGGUCACCUUCGGUGUACAAGAUGCGGAUUUGUCCGUACUCUCUCAGACGAUGGCACAGUGCUGUAAGGAAAUCAAAGAAACGGUGCAGAUGCUCGCCUCUCGCCACAAGGACAUCCACGGCAGCGUGUCCAAAGUGGGCAAAGCUAUCGACCGCAACUUCGAUGCAGAGGUGAGUGCUGUGGUGGCUGAGAACGUGUGGGACUCUCCUGAGAAACAGAGGAACCUUAGCGAGACCAUCGUGGAGCACCUGUACCGCCAGGGUAUGCUGAGUGUGGCUGAGGACCUUUGCCAGGAGUCUGGUGUGGUUAUCGACAUGAGCAUGAAGCAGCCGUUUCUGGAGCUCAACCGCAUUCUCGAAGCGUUACGAAUGCAGGACCUCAGGCCGGCACUAGAAUGGGCUGUGACGAACCGACAGAGGCUGCUGGAUCUGAACAGCAGUUUGGAGUUCAAGCUCCACAGGCUCUACUUCAUCAGCCUCCUGAACGGGGGUGUGGACAACCAGCUGGAAGCAUUGCACUAUGCCCGCCACUUCCAGCCCUUCGCCGUCCAACACCAGAGAGAUAUUCAGGUGUUAAUGGGCAGCCUAGUUUACCUGCGUAAUGGCAUCAAAAACUCGCCCUACCGCAGCCUGCUGGAGACCAACCAGUGGGCAGAAAUCUGCAACAUCUUCACCCGAGACGCCUGCGCCCUGCUCGGCUUGUCCGUGGAGUCGCCCCUCAGCGUCAGUUUUGCGUCUGGCUGCAUGGCGCUGCCUGUGCUGAUGAACAUUAAGCAGGUAAUCGAGCAGAGACAGUGCAGCGGCGUCUGGACACACAAGGACGAACUGCCUAUUGAAAUAGACCUGGGCAAAAAGUGCUGGUAUCACUCUGUGUUUGCGUGUCCCAUCCUGAGGCAGCAGACGUCAGAGAGUAACCCACCCAUGAAGCUCAUCUGUGGGCAUGUCAUCUCCAGAGACGCCCUUAACAAGCUCACCAACGCUGGGAAGCUGAAGUGCCCAUACUGUCCAAUGGAGCAGAACCCUUCAGACGCUAAGCAGAUCUACUUCUGACUUUGCGGAGGAGAACAGAUUAAAGCAGAGGACGCUCUGCUGUGUUGGAAGCUCACUGGAGUGGCUGAGUUGGAAUGAUCCACAUUCACGGGAACGCCGAGUCCCCUUUGUGGCGGCUCAAACCGUGGAGCCGCUUCCCCUCCUAAGCUUUUAGUUGGCAGAGGCCGGUGGUCAUGACAACACACACACACACACACACACACAUCCACACCCACCUGUAGAUCCGAGUCAGUAAGUGAAAAUGUCACAGACAAACCUCAACGGAUCAUUUAUUCAUACACGCUCAUUUGACAGACUCACAGGCUUUUAUAUGUGUGGUGUCUUUUUUUUUUUUUCCCCUCCUCCUCAUUAAUUUUGUUUUGAGUUUCCUUUUCAGUUUCCCCCCCCCUUUUUUUUUUUUUUUUUUCCCGCCCCUCCUUUUGACUUCGAGACUGGGCUGUAUGCUUGUGAACAGGUGUGUGAACCUCUUGCAUAGUAUGUUUCUGCUGUUGCUUAUUUCCAGAUAUUUAAACAACUAUAUAUAGGGGCAUUCUGCCUUGUGUACAUGACAGAAGUGGCUUUUCAGCAAGUUAUAUUCACAGAGACGUAUUGAAUAAGGCCGUGACUUAUUUGGUGGGGGGCUUGUUGGUGAAGUUUUGUGCCUGUUGGGAACAGGACAUCGAUUGUAACCGAAUGAUGCCGCUCUUCCUGAUGGUGUAUAAUAAUAAUAAAAGUGUGACCUGAUUGGCUGAAA